AUGUCCGGACGCGCAUCCAUCGGUGAUUACAUUGUUACGAGUAAGUUGGGCAGUGGUUCGUUUGCUGUGGUAUACAAGGGCUACCACAAAAUGAGCAAGACGCCGGUAGCUAUCAAAGCGCUGUCGCUGCAUAAGCUUAACGGCAAAUUAUUGUCCAAUUUGGAGAUGGAGAUUGCCAUCAUGCGCCAGAUUGACCACCCGAAUAUUGUAAAGCUGUACGAAAUUAAAAAGACCGACAAGCACAUGUACCUUGUACUUGAAUUUUGUGCUGGAGGCGACUUACAGCACUAUAUGCGGCGACAACAACAACAGAGUGGUGGUCACUUUCUCUCGGAGAAUGUGGCUCGUCAUUUUUUGCGUGAAUUAGCCAAGGGCAUGCAGUGCCUAUGGCAACACAAUCUCAUCCAUCGCGAUCUCAAGCCACAGAACUUGCUGCUAGUUGAGGACUCGGCUACUUCAGUGCUAAAAAUUGCGGAUUUUGGCUUCGCUAGGCACUUGGCCACGACGUCCAUGGCUGAGACAUUAUGUGGAUCUCCGCUUUAUAUGGCGCCGGAAAUUCUUAAGUUUCAGAAAUAUGACGCUAAAGCUGAUCUCUGGUCUGUUGGCACCAUUCUGUUUGAGAUGCUAGCAGGCCGUCCUCCUUAUGGUGGUGCCAAUCAUGUGCAGCUUCUGGCAAAUAUUGAGCGACAGCCCCUGCGCUUUCCGCCGACGUUGCAGCUUUCAAUUCCGUGUCGCCACCUGCUUGUGGCUUUGCUGCAGCGAAAACCAGCACUCCGUCUUGGAUUUGCCGACUUUUUUGCAGAUACUUUUGUAGGUCUGCAGCCGUCGUCCGAGCAAAUCGAGGAUGAUAAAGCCGUGCAUCUCUCGUCAACAUUUCUGACAAAUGCGAGUAUUCGAGAAGAGGAUGAGGAAGAUGAUCAAAAUUCUUCAACACAAAUUCGUGAGACAGAUGUGAUAGUUGACCAACGUAAUGGGUCAACACGGCAAGAAUUUGAAAGCGAUCGUCGGUCUCGGACAUUUUCUUCUUCUCAAGAAUCGAACUCAAAUUCACGCUUUGCUAGUACCGCACCAUCAGCAAUACUACACAACUCACGCAGCGGCAAUUUGGAAGUCAUGGAGACUGCUUUCGCCAGCGCUAGUUCGGGAACUGGAG